UGAUGGAGGAAUUUUCAUUGUGAAUUUUUCACUUCAGCUAUUAUUUUUGUGCGUGGAAAACUUUUGCACAUUUAAAACAUUAAUUAAAUGUGUUUAUUAUUUUCUUUAUAUUUUAAAAAAUAAUGCUUAAAAUUCGGUAAAAUCAUUUGUUUUACGUUGAAAACUUAGAAAUAAUGUACUGAGAAGAGUGUCGAAAAAUCAAUUCUUUCACAACUACAACAACAAACAUUCGUCUUCAACAUGCAGACAGUCAAUUUAUUUUUAUAUACGCCAUUGGUAGCGCUAGUGCUCCUCUUGACUUGCUGCCGUACAACCGUGGGCAUGGAGCAAGCGGCUGUAGGUGAACUGUUUUCAUAUAAAAUUGAACCACUACUCUUCAACUGGACUAAUCAAGUGAUCAGCGAACAAUUUCGUUAUCGUGUCUCAUUAGAGGGUUACCCCGAUUUGCCUUCUUGGUUGCGCUAUAAAUACAGUCAUGAAUACCAUGCUGGUUUUCUCUACGGUACACCAACUGAGCGUUUGGCUGCUAAAACCGUGCGUUUGGAUAUUGUUGCUCUGAAUAAGCAGAAUUAUGAAACGCGUCUAGCUAAGUUGUCUAUAUAUGUAACGGAAAAAUUACCAUCAUUAAAUGUAAUACAAAUGAAAAUUGAUAAUUUAAAUUGGGUACAUCUAAUGGAUCCAGGACGUGUGGAGAAUUUACGAAAUAUUUUCCGUAAAGAUUUGUGGCCGGAAAGUGAAAAUGAUUUGAGUAUAGUUUUCAUGGAAUCGGCGGUGAAUAUGGGCGGACGUCUGCCAUUGCGACCACAACAACGAGAGGGCGUCGUUGUGCAUCUUGGUAGUUCUGCUCGAUUUUCUGCACGUCUGAAAGAACUACAAGAGGAAGUACGUCCCUUAUAUAAGCUUAGCACUUGCACCUAUAAACGCACAUCUGUGCAAAAGGUAUUCGAAAAUGCUGGUUUCAAAUUGGAUUGGUGUGCUUUUAAGACAGUCGGCGCUGAUAUAUCGCCGGAAAUACUGUUUCACAAUUAUGGUCAUAAGAAUCAUCAUGAAAAUUUCAAACGUACUGACCGCUGGUUGGGUAUUUCACGUGAAGAUGUGCCAGAUCGCAAUUAUAUUGAUGAAUUUGCCUUUGCCUUUGCUAUUCCUGGCAUGAUUUUCGCUAUACUUGUGGGCAUAUUAUCAGCAGCGCUGUGCUUUCAAUACGAAAAGUUAUAUGAUCCAUACUCAGAAUUUUUCUUUGAGAAUAUUUUUCAUAUUUGUGAGGAGUCUUUUGAAAAGGAAAAUGAAUGUGAUUCCGUCGUGAUGGAAAGUGAAACAUCUUCGACAUAUCAUCCCACCACUUCAACUGUGCAAAUGGUGCAAUGUACGGAUAACAAUACAGAUCAGCCGGUUACCACUUUAAAGAGUCUGAAGGAUCCGAAUUGCUUGUUGGAUAAUAUCAGCAUGCAUUCUCACAGCCCCAAUAAUAGCUACUAUCAAACUGACAGCGCAUCUAACACAUAUUUACGUCCUAAGCCGCCACCAUAUAAGGGUGGCACCUUGAAUCGUAAUGGCGUGGACAUUUGACAAUCAAACCCAAGAAUAUUGUAUUGCUGAGAUUGAUAAAUCAAAUAUGAAAAUUGUCAUAAAAUAUAGUCACUUUACAUUACUUAAAAAAACAUGUCAUAUCAAUGUACUUACAAUAUAAAAUUACAUACAUACAUACAUAUCUGUGGUAAAGCGGAUAUUAAACCAAUAUACAUACAUACAUAUGUACUUACCUAUUAUGUAUUAACCGUAGUACGAGAAUGUUUUCUCGCAUAGUUGUAGUUGUUGUUGUACAACGAAUAUUAAAAAAACUAGCACAGUAAAUUAUGAAUAUAAUCAUUAUUUAUCUU